AUGAAGCUUCUCAUUCUUUUCUCCUCCUUCCUCGUGCUCAUCUGCGCCGUCCUCGCCCAGCAACAGCCCAACGAUGCUCCCAUCACAGAGAACAACCCUAAGAUGGCCACUUUUCAAGCCAUUCUACAAGAGAAGAAACCCAUCCAAGGACAGAUCACGGGCGUCUCCAGCAACAACGGCACAGGAGUGAACUUCAACAUCAACUUCUUCGACUUCCCAGACGCUGCGAUGGGCCCAUUCAAAUACCAUAUCCAUGACCUCCCCGUCCCUCAAGAUGGAAACUGCACCGGCGCCGGCGGCCAUCUCUCCCCCUACGGACGCAACGACACUCCAGCUUGCAAUGCCACCCAGCCUGGGACCUGCCAACCGGGCGAUCUGAGCGGAAAACAUGGGGCCAUCACCGACACCGCACACGAAAAGAAUUACCAGCUCAUGUACCUUGAUCUGUAUGUUUCGACGGAUCCACAAUCUGUGUCGUUCUUUGGGAAUAGAAGCGUUGUGGUCCAUGCCGCCAACGGCGCGAGAUUGAACUGUGGCAAUUUCACACAGCAGAUGGCUUCGAAUACGACUGGCAGCGGUGGGUCGACGACAACCACAGCUGGCACUUCUACGCCGACAGGGGCAGCAGUCGGAUUGGCGACCGUUUCCAAAGGCGGGUUUGUCUGUGCCGUUGCCGCAAUGGCUUACAUGCUGGGGACGAUGUAA